UAUGAUUCUAUGAUUCUAUUCCAGCAGGGGAAUUGUGACUGAAGUAAUGUGAAAAUAGUUUGAUGCCGCUGCUUUUGUUUGCAAGUCCUUGUGUGGCUUAUUAUUAGGAUGUUGUUGUAAAGUACCCUGUGGCCUGUUGGCAACACUUAUUUUUAAACAAAAUGACAAAUCAGCAUCUGUGUUGGCUACCCCUUGUCAUAGACUGUGCUUUUUGUAUUGCAUUGCCAUUUGAAAAGCUUGUGGUGCAAUUGAUCUGUUUCAGAUCAGAAUCUCUCCCGAUCCCACCCCCACCUGGAGACUGAACCUGGGACCUUCUGCAUGCAAAACAGAUGCUGUACCACUGAGGUGCAUUCCUUUCUCAUACAUCUCUAUCUUUGGAAAUUGCUACCCUAUAUUUCCAGGAACUGCUGAUGCUCAUUCUGAGAAAGAGCAACAUUGUUUUGGAGAACACAGGCAGAAGUCUUUAUUUGUGGAAAUAUGGCAAAGAUCAAGGGGUCAAAAACAGUGUUCCCAUUAUGGUGUAUGGGUUCCACUUUCUUCCCUCCUCACAGCACCAAAUGGGGCAAUACUUUUUCUGUGGCCUUCUGUACAAACAGGAGAAUGUCAUAUUGACUUAAGCACUGACGUCGACCGGAAAUGCCAUUGCUUAGGGCUGAGUCGCCAAGUGCUGGGAGCCAAGCAGCUACAGGGCAGCACAUCAUGUGUCAAAUUUAGAGCUUUGUGAAGGGAUUGUGCAGUUUGCCCUGCUCAAACAGUGGGAUCUUCCAGCCUCCAGCACCUCCACCUCACCCCUCCUUCUUUAGUCAGUUGAAAACAAGCAGUCCUGUUGGCUGGGUAAGACAGGAAACCAAAAGGGAAACUGAAACCUUUUCUUUAGCAAUUCUAAUUCCAGUCAAAGCAUCUAUUGAGGGGAAUUCAUGUGAACGCUACCAUAAAAAGCCACUGGAGUUUGCAGUCAGAGCAGAAGUGUUGUAAACUGCUCCAAGCACACAUCUGUGGGAAAGGCUUCAGCAGCUGCAGCCCCCUCCUGAGUUUCCUCUUGGCUGAAGUGCCCCGCAGAGAGACUGCUGCCAAGCCAGACCAGCCAGAAAAUUACCUAUAUUCCUCAGCCUCUUUCCUGGGCUGCCUUCUGAACUGCUCAGCCAAGCAUCAUGGAAGAGCCAAUGUGCCUGAUCGAGAACAACCCCAAGGAACAGCUGCGGGUCAACCAGGAAGCCCUGAAGAUCUUGCAGAGCAUCCAGCAACCCGUGGUUGUGGUGGCCAUCGUGGGACUGUACCGCACUGGCAAGUCCUACCUCAUGAACAAGCUGGCAGGAAAGAAGAAAGGCUUCUCUCUGGGGGCCACGAUUCAAGCACAAACCAUGGGCAUCUGGAUGUGGUGCCUUCCUCACCCCAAAAAGCCUGACCACACCUUGGUGCUUUUGGACACAGAGGGGCUGGGCGAUGUGGAGAAGAGCAAUACUGCAAAUGACUCCUGGAUUUUUGCCUUGUCCAUUCUGUUAAGCAGCACCUUUGUAUACAACAGCAUGGGCACCAUUGACCAAUAUGCUCUGGAAAAACUGCAGUAUGUGACAGAGCUGACUAAGCGCAUUAAGGUGAAGAGCACACCUCCAAAGGACUCUGAGGGUGAAGAGGAAGAUUCAAGUGACUUUCUCAGGUUCUUCCCAGCUUUCGUCUGGGCUGUGCGUGACUUUUCGUUACUGCUGAAACUGAAUGGGAAACCUAUCACUGAAGACGAAUAUCUGGAGAAUGCCCUGAAGAGGAAGAAAGACAACCCAGAGAAGUUGGACCUUGCCAAGAAAUGCAUACGCCAGUAUUUCCCCAGCCGCAAGUGCUUUGUCUUUGACCGCCCGGCCUCAAGGCGAGCUUUAGAGGAACUGGAGGACCUACCUGAAUCUAAACUGAAUCCUGACUUUCUGGAGCAGGUUCAGCAUUUCUGCAGCUAUAUUCAUGAGCAAGCUCAGGCAAAAGUCAUCCAGGGAGGGCACACAGUGACAGGGACAUCACUGGGGCAUCUGGUGGUGACCUAUGUGGACGCCAUCUGCAGUGGCUCCAUACCCUGCAUAGAGAACGCGGUGGUAGCCUUGGCGCAGAUUGAGAACACAGCUGCUGUGCAUGAAGCCAUUACAUACUAUGAAGCUGAGAUGGGGAAACACUUGAAGCUGCCCACCGAGACUAUCGAGGAGCUGCUGGAAGCGCAUGCCCAAUACGAGAAGGAGGCUAUUAAAGUGUUUUUGGCACGAGCCUUCAAGGAUGUCAAUCACGAGUACCAGAAGGAACUUGGGACCCAGCUUCAUGCCAAGCUUCUCGAGUUCUGUUCUCGCAAUGAGCAGGCAUCAUCAGAUCGCUGCCAGGCUGUGCUUACACAGCUGUUCCAGGACCUGGAAGAGGAGAUUGGCAAGGGGAGCUAUUCUGUGGCUGGGGGCUACCAGCGCUUUCUGGAUGACCAGAAGGAAAAGGUGGAUCAGUAUUACCUGGUGCCUGGGAAAGGACUCAUGGCUUCCCAGGCCCUGCAAGACUUCCUGAAAUCCAAGGAGGCAGCAGCCCAAUCCAUUUUGCAGGCUGACCGGACCCUCACAGACAAACAGAAGGAGGUUGAAGUGGAGCGAGUCAAGGCUGAAGCCUCUGCCCGGGAAGCAGAGUUGCACGAGAAGAUGAAAGAUGAGGCUGUCCGGAGGGCCCAGCAGCAGGAAAAGAGUUUUGAGGAGCACAAAAGGCAGCUAGAAACAAAAAUGGAGGAGGACAGGAGGAAGCUACUGGCAGAGCAUGAGAUGGUGAUGAAUGCAAAGCUCCAGGAGCAGAGGCGGCUUCAGGAAGAAGGGUUCAACCGAGAAGUCAACAGGCUUCAGGGCGAGAUCCAGCGCUUGCACUCUGCGAUGAGUGAACAGUCGAGUGGGGGCCCUGGAUUCUGUGUGAUUCUUUGAAGCUGCUGGCAUUUCCAAAAGGCCCUAAAUGGAUGAGGAAUGGGAUGGAGAGGAGAGAUCUACUUUGUAUCUGGGCUCACUGAGUAGAUAUCUUUGGUGUGACUUUUUGUGUGUAUAUGAGAAAAAUGAUGGCAUAUAAAGACAAAAUGGGUGAAAUUAAACAAGAAGGAAAAUCUGAUA